CAUUGUUGCAUUCAAGCAUUUACUCGAUCAAUAGCACGCGAAAAGCCUUUGAAGAGCAGGGUUUGAAACAGAUUCCCUGCGCAGCCCAGAUGUUGCAACUGGUCUUGUUUUUCUCUCGUCCUUACGAUUCGACAUGAAAAGGGCUCUUGCCAGCUCACACCUCUCCCCGACACCCGAUUUCAAGAAAAACAGGCAGCCGCGUGGCUGUCGCCGACAAAAAAAAAAAAAGAGCUAAAACAGGAAACUGUGUUUAGAAAAAAAAGGGCAGGUUCUAAGGUAGGCUAGUUCUCUCUCCCCUUCGCGUUCUGUCACUCUGGGUAGCACUCCUCAGCCUCUCACCCUCUCACACUCUCACUGGCAAGAAGGAGCCCGUUUUGUGUUCAAGAUGAGCCGGAGACGAGCGCCGGACAGCACCGGGGCAUCAGGUCAAGGCUAUUCCGAAUGAACAGAGGUGCCCAGCGGCCCUCCUCCGUCUCGUCUCUGAGCAGCAUCGUGGGCAGGAUGGCGUCCGCGGAGCCCGCCUGCCGCGGCAGCUGCACCUCCGUCAACACCGUGUGCUCGGACAGCGACCGCGCCGCCAGCCUCAGCUCCUCCGCCUCCUCCGCCUCCCUGCAGGACGGGCCCGGCGGCGGCGGGUCCCUGCCGUACGCCCCGCCCCAGCGCAACGGCAGCGACAUCAGCCUGGACCUCACGCCGCUGUCCCAGCUAGAGGAGCGGGGCCGCGCGGGCCACGCCCUGGCCGCCCUGGGCGACGCGGGCCGCGCCAAGCUGUCCCGCCUGGACCGCGUGGUCCUGGAGAUCGUGGAGACGGAGCAGGCCUACGUGCGGGACCUGAAGAGCAUCGUGGAGGAUUAUUUGGGAUGUAUCAUAGACUGCGGAGACCUGCCACUCAAGCCAGAGGAGGUCAGCACUCUCUUCUGCAACAUAGAGGACAUAUACGAGUUCAACAGCGAGCUGCUGGAAGACCUGGAGAGAUGCAGUCAGGCAGCUGCCAUCGCUGAGUGUUUCGUGGAAAGGAGCGAAGCCUUCGACAUUUACACCCUCUACUGCAUGAACUACCCCAACUCCGUGGCUGUUCUGCGGGACUGCAUGAAGAACAACAGCCUGGUGCGUUUCUUCCAGGAGCGCCAGGCCACCCUCUCUCACUCCCUGCCUCUGGAGACGUACCUGCUGAAGCCCGUGCAGAGGAUCCUCAAGUAUCACCUUUUGCUGCAGGAGCUCUCCAAACACUUCGACAAGAGCGAGCCCGGGUACGAGGUGGUGGAGGAGGCCAUCAUCACCAUGACAGCUGUGGCCUGGUACAUCAACGACAUGAAGCGGAAGCAGGAGCACGCCGUCAGGCUGCAGGAGAUCGAGAGCCUGCUGCUGAACUGGAACGGGCCGGACCUGAGCGGCUUUGGGGAACUGGUUCUGGAGGGUUCUUUCCGGGUCCAGCGGGUCAAGAAGGAGAGAGCCUUCUUCCUUUUUGACAAGAUGCUACUCAUCGCCAAGAAGAGGAAUGAGAACUUUGUCUACAGCACCCACAUUUUCUGCUGUAACCUGCUGCUGGCGGAGAACCUGAAGGACCCUCUGAGUUUCAAGGUGUCGGACCAGACCAUCCCCAAGCAGCAGCACAUUGUGCAGGCCAAGAACCAGGAGGAGAAGAGGCUGUGGCUGCACUACCUCAAGAGGUUGAUUGUGGAGAAUCACCCAGCCUCCCUGCCACAGAAGGCCAGACAGGUGCUUGGUGACAGCUGUUGCCCAUUUCCCCCUGCUCUCCAGUUUGAUCACGAGCCCAGUAAGAAGCCGGCCGCCUCCCCCCGCCUGGAUGAUUCGAGGGGCUACCACCGGGGGAGGCGCCAGUCAGAGCCCCCGGAGUUUAUAUACACCCCCGAAAAGGCCAAAAAAAGCUUCCCUCUGCUCCUGGAGGGCAACAUGCCGUAUAGACGAGGCCGGAGGCAGUCUGCUCCUGCAAAAGACAUUGAGACAGCCUAUCAGCAGAGCUUGAGGCUGAAGCAGGCUGGCAGCGAGGGGGAGCUGUGCCCGGGCGCGGAUGGCAUGGGCUCCUCGGGCAGCGCCAGCACGCUGGCCUCCUCCGUCAUCGAGGUGGAGGCCGGGCGCGACGACCUCGGACUGGGCCCGGAAGGGGACAUCGCUCCGCCCACCCUGUCCAUCACCGAGGAGAUCUUGCAGUUCAUCAGCCAGAGCCGGGCCCGGGAGGGCAUGACGGACUGCCAGCUGGAGAGGGAUCAGACGCAAAUGGAGCCAGUGAAUGAAAACUCAGCUGCUGAAGAGCUGUGUGCCGCAGAGCAGGAAGAGCAUGAGGAAGAGCUCUGUCUCUCUCUAGAGACCGUCGGGGCCGAGGAAGAGGACGGCCAGGAGGAGCUAAGAGCCGUGCCCCCGCUGACAGAUGAAGAAGUUCAGGUCGAGGAAGGAGAGCCUCCUGCUGCAGUCAGCGAGUCUUCUGAAGAGGAGGACCCGAGGAAAGGGGAGUCUGUGUCUUCCCCUUUGCACAGGCUGGACGAGAUGGGGACCGAGGAAGAGCCUUCAGCUGUGACAGCGAACCCAGGAAGCUCUACAGAGCCUGAGGAGGAGGAGGAGGCUGCUGAGCCCACGCUUGAGGCUGAGCUGGAGCCACAGCAGGAAGGGGUGGCCCCACACCCCACCCUCCCUGGCAGCGCCAGCUCCUACCCAGCCUGCGGCGAGGAUGAACCCGAGAACCAGCGCCCAGCAGAAGGCCUGGCAGGCCACAAGCCGCUGAAUUAUGCAGAGGCAUUGGUAGGAAGUGGGCCAAUGCCUAAAAAGGAAGCCAUGUUGACCAAAAACGACCGGAUGAUCAUCGAGAAGAUAAGAAACUACUAUGAGACGGCAGAGGUUAGCGGUGGCACCCUGCAGAGGAGAGACAGCAUAUCCUUCAUUCCCACUGGACUGGUCAAAGACUCUGUUUCCCGAUUCGACAUCUUUGGGCAGCAGGACAGCCUCUGUGAGUCGGAAAGCAGCCGGUCGGAGGCGAGCGAGAUGGAUCUCUCCUCUCCGCUCACCCCUCUUCUCCUGCCAGCCACCGAAGACUCGGAGCUGGAGCUGAGCGGGUCUCUCGGUCUUAGUGACUGCGCUUUUGUGGAACGGGAAGGGACAGGCAAGGAGUCCUGGGACAUCCGAGAGGAAGACGGUGGCUCUGUCACAAAGCCUGAGCCAGAGCUGGCAUUCCAGUCCUGCACGGAGCUGAUGAAAGUGUGGAAGGAGAAAGAGAAGAGGCUGAGCUGCAGCGAGGGAGGAAGGCGAUUCGGUUUCAGAGUCAAGCGAGCCACAGAUGGAGAAGCCCCCAGCAAUCAAACAGCAGCCCCUGCAAACGGGCCGCUGGUGCUCGUAGAGAAUGUGGAAACGGGAAGAGAGGACGUGGUUGUCCCCAGGCAGGACAGCGAAGACAGCGAAGACCGAGACGGGAAGGACCUGAGGGAACUGGACACGUUGAAGAACAAAAUCGUUCACCAAUCCACGCCUUGCGGGGAUUCGGAAAGCACUCCGAGCCAGGACCCCCCCAGGGCAAAAGAGGAGCCCUACUCCAAGCACGCAGGGGUGACCCUUUGUGGGGCGCUCGAGAGGCCUCUCUACAGCGUGCCCCCGGACGUCACCGGGAUCAGCCUGCACGAGGGAGGAGACGUGUGCCUCCCGGAGAACUCGGAGAAGAUCCUGAGCAGGGUGCAGGUACUGGCCCGCAUGUACAGUGCCAAGAUCGGACGCAUGAAGACGCCGCUCCACAAGAAGGUGUGGGAGGCCAGGGGGCCGGGGAGGCGAGAGGACCUGGGAGAGGCCAGGGCUGACCCAGCCUGGAGGAGGCCAGCGGCCCAAACCACCGCGGGACGUCCCAUGGUGCCCAGAGAGCCGCAGCUGUAUGGGCAUGUCCUCAUCCGAGAGCAGCUGUCCCCCACCUACCUGCAGGAGAGCAGGUGCAUCGUCUCCGCACCCCGGAGCAGCGCCUCAGCUCUGGAGCCCUCCAAGACUUUGUUGCAUCCUCUUCCAUCUCCUUUUGAACCACCUGAAGGAGAUGCAGAGAUCCAGGAAACACCCUCCUUGGAUUGCAGUCCUGAGACAGGUCUACCCAGCUCUGAGCAAGCACCACCAUCCAACAGCACGGACUCCUCCCCAGACACUCCUCCCCCAGGAGGUCCAUCCCCCAGAGCUUCGGAAGUUAACCAGGCCUCAGAGAUCAACUUAAAAGACAAGCUCGAGGUUCUUCAGGACGUAACUCUGACAGAUCAGUUUGGUUCAGGAUCUUGGCUGUCAUCGGCUGAAGCUGACAGUCCAGCACGUGCUCCAGGAAAUUCAUCGGAAGCCAGUCCAAUGCCCUUGAAAGAGACUUUUGAUAGUCCAGUGGCCUCUGGAAGUGGAGAUCCCACUUUGGCGUGCCCUCUUCCUCUGGUGUGUGAAGAAGUGAACAAAUUGUUAUCCAGCACAACAGUCCUAGAAGGCUCUCUGGCUUCCUCUUCGGAUCAGGUCCAGGCCCAGGAUGAGUUUCAUACUCUGCGAGAGGAGGAUGAUCUGCCCUACCGGAGUGCUGAAGGGGAAGGAUGUAAACUCAGUUCUGAAGAUAAAGACAGUUGCCAGUCAUGUUUAGGUGCACCAGAGUGGGAGAGCGACAUCACUAUAAGCACAUCAAAUAGCGGGGAACAGCACGCCAGCAACAGGGGUGCAUUGGCAUCAUGUCAGGUGGUGCAGAACCAUACUGAUGUUCCUGAAGAUGCAGCGGAGUGUGCCAAACAGCCAUCCCCUGCUACUUCCUUGUCAUCAUGCCUCCCAUCUGUCCCCGAGGACUCCGCCGUUUUCACUUUGACAUUCGCACUGGGUGAUGGAGCUUGUGAUGACCAUCAGGCCGGUCAGAAUGAUGAGUCCUCCGUAUCUCCACAACACACUCUGCCUCUGGAGGAUGCUGGAGAAGGGACUCCGUUGGCAUCUCCGAUAGUACUGUUGCCUGCAACGUGUGCAGUGAAGGAGAUUUUGGGGUCAGACCUUCAAGGCACUACGAGAUCUGACCCACUCCAAGAAAAGGACGGGCUUCCUCAAAACCAAAGCUUAACAGCUCAGACAACUGAUGAGGACUUGUCGGAUACACAGCCCUCAGAUUCGUCAUCUUCAGAGCAUCUGCCAAAGUUCACCAGCCAAAGACCCCUUAACUUACCCACCACACGAGGCAGAAGAAACCUGGCUCUGAGCCUGGAAAGACAGGGGUUGUCUGUCCCUAACCCAAGGUACCCUGAAAGCAUCAGAGAUGACGUUUUUCCCGAUACAUCCCUGAGAGUUACAGGACACUCCCAGACUAGAAAACCAAAUUCCCAAUACUUACAGACCCCCUCAGGGAAUACAAUAAAUCCCCCAUCUGCCAAUAGCCACGCAAGCGUGCCGUCUGCAUUUAUCCCUGGAGUUCGUCUUCGGUCACACUCUCCAAUGAGAAACAUCCAUCCUCCAUCUGCUUCGUCCAGCUCCAGUGCUCUGGCCAAGUCUUUGGCAGCUUCCUGCAUCAGCCAGACUUUAAGUCAGACCCUUGCUAGAAGGAGUGCCAGACUGCAGUCUGUUCUUCCAGGAAGCUCAAAUACAAAGAACCCUUCUGCGUCUCUACCUCCUGCUUCUGGAUCGGGUCUGAGGUUUAGGUCCCCUUCACCCAGACCAAGCUCCCCUUUGGGAUCUCCACAGAGCCCCAGUAUUCCAGGUACACCCAAGACUGAAUGUUCCUUCCCAGGAGACCCUUCCACAACAAGGAGUGGAAGCUCCCAUCCUUCAUUGUCCGGGACAAGCCCAUCUCCCAUGCUGUCUCCUCCACCGUAUCGGAGCCAGAGGUCCAUAUCACCUGUAGCAUCAGUUAGUCUCCAGCAGGUUCCUACCCCACCACAGUCAAGAUCCCUUGCCUUAGAGCUUUUAAGUCACAGUAAUUCAAACAAUAACAACAAUAAGGCAUCCUCAGCAAGCCUAGGACAGGGAGUGUGCUCCCCAAAUUUGGCAAGAGCUUCCAUUUCUUCCCACAAUCGAGCAGCCAGACCAUUCUCUUCUGCCUCAGAGCCCAGUUCCCGGGUCCAGUCUCCUUCCCCAUCCUGCGCCAGAAUCUGCUCGCCGCCUCCCGCCCUGCUGCCACAGGCACAGACACGAGACUGCGCCACCUUGAAAGCCAAGCCCCCCCACCCCUCCCACCCCAGAGGGCCUCGCUCUUUCACCCCUCUGUCCCUCUCUCAAAACCGCUCAGGGUCCUCCUCCACCUGCUCCUCGCCUCCUUGCACCAGCCCUCGAGUCACCUCCCCGUCCCCCCUAGGGGUCCCUCCGAACACAGGUGCGCACCCUCAGACCCUCCGGAGACCACGAGGGAACAGCCUGCCCUUCAUCGGCCGGACGGAUGGGCCUCCCAGCCCUUCGCAGAUCACUGGGAAGAUCUCUUGGGGAGAUGGCGGUCCUGAUGCUCGGAGGUCCCUGAGUGUUGAUCACGAUCCAGGGCCGGUUAGCCCCAGGAGGACCUGUAGCAGCCCCCCUUGUCUCAGCCCGGUGUCCCUGUCUCCAACAAGGCAGGGCCCUCACAAGAGCAGCACCAGCAUACAGGAUUACACCAGCAUUGCCUGGCCGUACAUCCAGGAACUGUUGACCAAAUAUGAUUCGUCCGAUUUGGGAGAUUGCCCUCAAAGACCCAGUGAGGACUCGCUGUCGUCGGGCUGCCCUGAGACCAGUUCGGAAGACCCGGAUCUCUGUGACACCAGUUUCAGGAGCAGCAUCAUCUGCGCCUACGUGAACAGCAAGCCCCUCUCCCGAAGGGGCUUGUCCGAAACACCCGAUCCGUGCAUGGAUGGCGAAGACGGAGACUCUGGUCAGGCCCGUGGCAGAGGCUCAGUAAAAACAAGCUACGCCACCACGGUUAACCUCCAGAUCGCAGGCAGUGGAAGGAUCACGUCCUUCAGCAACGCACAGGUCAGCCUGACCCAAACUCUGGCACCGGCGUCGGACAGCCAGAGCACGAGACGGGUCAACGGAUGUAAUGUUGUUGCGUCUCCGAACUGCAAAAGACUCUGAUGGGUGAUGAUGCAGGCUGAAGCUUCCUUCUUAUUUCAGUACAGAAGUGACGUCCCUCGUUUAAUACUAUCUUUUGAUGAUGUUUGCUCUUUUUUACCACCCCUAAUGACGUGAAAGAACCGGAUUUUAUGUUUUACGUCCAGUUGAAGGGGUGCAGUACAUUCCCAUUCCAGCUUUUAGAGUAAAUCUUAUACCGGCUCUUAUUUAUGAAGUGGUUUUGUUUUCCCUGUCUGGCACUUAUUGCUGUUUCCUCAUUUGGCACAAGGUCUUUAGGCUGAGAGUGGGUCUGACGUGUCUGUGAUAUGAACUCGUAUUUCAGGCUAAACUGAGAUGUUAAUGUUUUGUGUAUUAGAAAUGAAACUGGGCAUAAAAUGGCAGAAGGGGGAACUUCUCUACAAACUGAACAAAACUGACUAAUGCAAGAGGUGAACUCUCAAAAACACGGAGAAAGGGGGCCAUGUCUGCUUUGAUGAAAGUGAGAAAAAAGCAAUCCUACAGUAUCUUUCCUCUGGGUAGAGGCAUCAUCAAUUUCCACAGCGUUCCCAGAAGGUCAUUUUCAAAACUUACUCUGCACAGUGAGACAGACAAAGGUGUCUCAUAGUUACUCACCCAGACACGUUGUUGAAUCCACUACAUGGGGAUCAUUGGAGAUUCAACAGCUCUUGGUAUGCCUGGGCCAGCUCAGGUGAGGUGAGGUGGGGUGCCUCGGUUCUUUUAUUUACCCCUUCGGUUGCUGUGUCACCCAUUUAAUUUCAUGAUUGUGGCCAUUGCUGGUGUGUCAUGUCAGACUCAGGACAGUUUCCUAACUUUUUAUUUCCAAAAACCAGACAUCUAAAGUGAUUUAAAGGGACCAGCUGUUUACUUAUGUAAUCUGGGGCAUUUUUGGUUGCAGUGGCCCUGAACCCACAUGCCCUGUAGGGGGGGUCAUUCAUCACGACUUCUUCUGAAAUUCCAAGACUCUUUUCAGGGACGAUACCAAUAUCCAGAGGCACGAGCAGCCAUCACAGAGCCAACAAGCAGUGUAGAGUCUGUGUUCUGCAUUCAUUUGCACAGGGUGGCAGCUCAAGCCUUCCCAUUGGGUCUGGCUUCCUGCUUGCCCUGUACCUUCUCCCUGAUAACAAGCCAUCGCAUUCCUCACUGCCCACCUCCUAUUUUGCACCAUCUGCAAGUUAGCAGAGUUUGUCAGUAUUGGGUUUGAAUGUUCAGUAUUGUCUGUUUUUCAUUUUUGUCGCUUUGACUGCCUCACUCAUGUUGUGUUGUGUGUUUAUCGUGAAGUGGAUAAUACUGUAAAAAAGGGAACAAUUAAAAAGCCUAGGAAUUCAUUAUUAAUGUUAUCGACUCGUGGUUUCAUGUGGCGUUUGUGUACGUCUGCAGGCGAUGAACGAGAGGAAGAGCUGUUUCUCCCUGUGACGUCAGCACACAGCCAGUAAACAAUUCAAGUCCAGCAUCAAAACAAAGCUAUUUGCACCAAUUCAUUAUGAGCGCAAUAUUUUUCUUCUUUGUGAAAUAAAAACUGUUCUAUCCAACUUUA